AUGCUGGUAACACUGUUAAUAUAUUUUAGGACGAGCUUACUGGAGCAUGCCCUGGUAAACGACAUGCUAGUAGCACUGUUGUUAAUGGAUUUUCGGACAAGUUUACUGGAGCGUGCCCUGAUAAACGACAUGCUGGCAAUACUGUUGUUAAUAUAUUUUAGGACGAGUUUACUGGAGCGUGCCCUGGUAAACGACACGCUGGUAACACUGUUAAUAGAUUUUAGGACGAGUUUACUGGAGCGUGCCCUGGUAAACGACAUGCUGGUAACACUGAUGUUAAUAGAUUUUAGGACGAGUUUACUGGAGCGUACCCUGGUAAACGAUAUGCUGGUAACACUGUCUUACUGGGGCUUUGUUCUGGUGCACGACAUGCCGGUAGCCCAAACGCGAGUCUGCCACUGA